GUCAGUUCUGUAAAUUUGUUUAUUUGUUUACAAAAAUGGAUUAACGAGAUUCAAAAGAAUUGUUAAUAUUCUCAGUAAUUACAAAUUGCUGCUCUUAAGAUUUAUUUCGUGAAGAUAAUAGCAACACAAUGGAAUAAAAUGGAACCGGAUAACUCAAAGUGUUCCUCGUUAUUAACAUAGAAUAGUUCAUAACAAUAUCGGACAAUAACCGAUUGAUUGGUGGAAUAUUCACCGCAAAUUUGUGAUUUUUUUGAAAUUAUGACAAGUACUCAGGGACGCACUUUGAGUACCAGUGCAGAGGUACCACCACUGGUUCCAUUAGGUAAAUCGAAUCUGAAUGGUUACGACGAAUUUAUGAGCUGGCGAAAAUCGCGGAACAAAAAUUCGUUCACCGAAGACGUUUUCAUGGAAUUUUUCCGGGAAGCUGCAGAAAGUUUAACUCCGGAAGCGCUGUCGACCCUCUUUUCCACAUUAAAAAUCGAAAUGCGAUCCAAACACAAAGUGAAUAUUGGGAAAUUCUUAUUAUUGUACGUGUUUCUGAGACAAAAAGGCGUUGUUAUAACAAACUGUAAAACAAGUGGUUCGUCCAAGGGUUUCUCCGAUGAAGAGAUUAAUCAAUUUUUGACUGAAGCUCCAGAUACUAAGUAUUUGGCAAUGAAGGCCGUGGCUGUGAUCGGAAUAUAUGCUGACUGUCAGUUUACAGAUCUAGAAAAUAUUAGGUUGAACAUGGUGAACGAUUAUGGUACGGAGAUUAUUCUGAGAAUUCCGGACGGAAUGGCCAAUAUGUCGAAAGUGUACUCGAUCAGUGGAGAAUUCGCCGACAUUGUGCGAAAAUACUUUCAAUUGAGAUUGAAAACACCUAAGAUCACGACGGACAGAUUCUUUCUUCAUUAUCGAGAAGGAAAGUGUAUUGCUGCAGCGAUGGGAAAAGUUACCAUUGCUAAAAUGGCUCGGAAAAUUGCGGAGUUUCUUAAAUUGGACCACCCGGAAAACUAUACCGGACACAGUCUUCGAUUAACUAGCUCGAAAUUAGUUGACAAAGGAUUGUAUGCUGAUACGACCGAAAGAAGUGAUGGCUCCAGCGUUACAACAUCUAAUAGAACUGGAUCGGUAGUAACUUCCACUAACGUUGGCAUGAAUAACUCAACGAAUUCGGAAGAGUGUAUGAGAUUAUAUCAAGACGCUGAGCACCACGUUCUUAGCGAUACUUCCGAUGCCAUUAAUUUAGACGACGAUGAAAGUAGCCAAACCUACACUGUCGACUCCAGCUCGGAAGACGAACAAGAUGUCAUCGAGUAUGUAGACCAGAACGGCCAGGACAUCAUCUCAUAUAAUUGUCCUCCAACGAAACAAUUACAUAAGAGAAAGAGUCAAAUGGCUUCGGAUGUUGAAUUCGUAGAUCUAUCAUCGGAACCGAGUGGAAAAGAGCAUCAUCUUGGUGGCAUCGGCGGUGAUAUUGACAGCAUGAGCUCCAACAAUGUAGAAAAUGAAAAGUUACAAUCAAAGAUUGAAGAGCAGGCGAAAGAAAUUGCUCGACUGAAGAAGUUGACCGACAAACAAAGUUUGGAAAUUGAAAUUUUGAAAGAAUUGCUGGAGAAGUCAGUAAAGCGAAGCAUACGGAGCGAAGUGUCAUGACACAAUGGAACUGAUAAUCAAGCCGAUAAUUUGGACUCUACCUGCAAUGGACGGUCAUCAAACUCGAAAAGUAUUGAAAUGUUCGGAAAUAAGUGGUUGGAAUGGAAAGACUAAAAGAUUAUAUUACUCUCAAAUAAAACAUU